UUCUUCCUCCUCCUCCUCCUCCUCCUCCUCCUCCUCCUCCCUCUUCCCUCCUCCUCCUGCCGCUCCUCCCGCCGCCCGGCCCGGCCCGGCUCCGCUCGCCAUGGGAGAUGUGGUCUCCACGCACCUGGACGAGGGUCGCCGCCAGCACAUCGCGGAGAGGACGGGGAAGGUGCUGGGCGAGUUCUGCCGGUGCUACCAGGAGCAGUUUGGGGUCGCUCUGUUCAACAGCGUCCGCUAUGAGAUCGAGGGCGCCGGGGGCCCGCAGGCCCAGCUGCUGCACCGCAAGGUUCCACUGGAGGACCACGUCAUCUACUCAGGCAACAUCUUCCAGUACAUCGAGGAGAACAAGAAGUGGAGGAACCGCUUCUGCGUGGUGCCACACAACUACGGGCUGGUCCUCUACGAGAACAAAGUGGCCUACGAGCGGGAGCAGCCGCCGCGGGUGCUGGUCAACAGUGCUGGCUACAAGGUCCUCACCUCCGUGGAGCAGUACCUGGAGCUGGUCAACAACAGCCUGCCUGGUGUGGCCCCGAAAUCCGGGCACGCUCCCAUCCUGAAGUGCCCCACGGAUUUCCCGCUGGUGCUGUGGCACCCCUACGCCCGGCACUACUAUUUCUGUGUGAUGACAGGCAAGGAGCAGGAGAAGUGGCGGGCGGUGUUCCAGGACUGCGUGCGGCACUGCAACAACGGGAUCUCCGAGGACUCCAAAGUGGAGGCUCCAGCCUUCACGGACGCCAUCCGCAUGUACCGGCAGUCCAAGGAGCAGUACGGCACCUGGGACAUGCUCUGCGGCAACGAGACCCAGGUGCUGAGCAACCUGGUGAUGGAGGAGCUGCUCCCCGAGCUCAGGAGCACCAUCGGCCCCCGGCUGAAGGGCAAAGCCCCGGAGCGCCAGCGGACCUGGAUCCAGGUGUCGGAUGCUGUCUACAGGAUGGUCUAUGAGCUGGCCAAGGCGCAGUACGACGCAGCCGUGGCCAGGUGUGAGCAGGAGCGGCCGCAGCUGGAGAGCACCAUCCGCACCGACAUGGACCAGAUCAUCACCUCCAAGGAGCACCUGGCCAGCAAGAUCCGAGCCUUCGUGCUGCCCAAGGCAGAGGUGUGUGUCCGUAACCACGUCCAGCCCUACAUCUCCUCCAUCCUGGAGGCCCUGAUGACCCCCACGAGCCAGGGCUUCGCCGAGGCACGGGAGGUGUUCUUCAAGGAGGUGACUGACAUGAACAUGAACGUCGUCAAUGAGGGUGGCCUGGAGAAGCUGGCAGAGUACAUGGAGAAGCUCUCCCACCUGGCCUUCCACCCUGUGAAGAUGCAGUCAUGCUAUGAGAAGAUGGACCAGCUGAAACUGGAGGGUCUUCAGCAGCGAUUCGAUGUCUCCAGCACGUCUGUCUUCAAGCAGAGGGCCCAGAUCUACAUGAGACAGCAAAUGGACGAUGCCGUGUACACCUUCGAGACACUGCUGCACCAGGAGCUGGGCAAGCUGCAGGGCAAGGACGACCUGUGCAAGUCCAUCCAGCGCAUCCUCGAGAGGGUGCUCAAGAAAUUCGACUAUGACAGCAGCACUGUGAGGAAGAAGUUCUUCAGGGAGGCCCUGCUGCAGAUCACCAUCCCCUUCCUGCUGAAGAAGCUGGCACCCACCUGCAAGGGGGAAUUAGCCAAGUUUCAGGAGCUGAUCUUCGAGGACUUUGCCAGCUUCAUCCUGGUGGAGAACACCUACGAGGAGGUGGUGCUGCAGUCGGUCAUGAAAGACAUCAUGCAAGCUGUGAAGGAGGCGGCCGUGCAGCGGAAGCACAACCUGUACAGGGACAGCAUGGUGAUGCACAACAGCGAUCCCAACCUGCACCUGCUGGGAGAGGGGCUGCCCAUCGACUGGAGCGAGGAGUGCAGCGGGCAGCCCGAGGCCGAGCCGGCGGCUGAGCGGCGCCGCAGGGCCAAGCAGGUGGUGUCGGUCAUCCAGGACGACGAGGGGGCCCUGCCCUACGGGGCCGAGGCGCUGCUGCAGCCCGGCUCCCCCGAGGCACGGGAGCCAGAGGAGGCACACCCCGGGCUGCCCCCGAGCCCCCCGGAUGCGGUGAAGGAGAUCCGGGAGGCGCUGGCACAGGAGAGCCCCGGGGAUGGCACCGGGGCGGAGCCGCGGCUGAUGAACGGCACCGAUGGCAGCGGUGCCAGCGAGGAGGGCGUGCUGCUGGCAGGGGCUGCCCCAGGGGGUGUCACACAGCGAGGGCCAGCCCGUGAUGGGGACGGCGUGCACUGUGCCACAGCGGCAUCACCAGCACCCGGAGCUGAGGUCCCAUCAGGGACUGGGAGGGAACGUGGCACACCGGCAUCAUCACCUGUCCCUGGAGCUGAGGUCCCAUCAGGGACUGGGAGGGAACGUGGCACACCGGCAUCGUCACCUGUCCCUGGAGCUGAGGUCCCAUCAGGGACAGGGACACGCCGGGCUGCACCAGCACCGCCUGUGCCUGUAGCUGAGGUGUCAUCAGGGGGACAGUGUGCCACACCAGCAUUGUCACCUGUCUCUGGAGCUGAGGUCCCAUCAGGGACUGGGAAACAACGUCCUGCACCAGCAUCACCUGUGCCCAGAGCUGAUGUCCCAUCAGAGCCUGAGGUGCCCCAUGCCACACCAAGAUCAUCUGUACCAGCUUCCCCUGUGUCUGGAGCUGAUGUCCCAUCAGGGGCUGAGGUGCCACAUGUCACACCAAGAUCAUCCGUGCCAGCAUCUCCUGUGCCCAGAGCUGAUGUCCCAUCAGAGGCUGAGGUGCCACACGUCACACCAAGAUCAUCCGUGCCAGCGUCCCCGGUGCCCAGAGCUGACCCAUCAGUGUCCAGCGUGCCCCACGGCUCAGCAGCACCGGCCAGCCCCCGAGCCCGUGUCCCAGCAGAGGCGCAGGUGCCCCGUGGCACAGCAGCGCCACCCGGAGCCCAGAGCCCAUCGGCAGCGUGUCACCAGCGCAGUGACAAGGAGACGGGCGAGCACGGGGCCAGCCCCCCGCAGCCCAGGGGCACCACAGAGAGCGGUGAGGGGGUGCAGACUGAGUUCUAGCCCCAGCCCCCGCCACGGACUGGCCCCGGUGACACUGGGGCUGGGGGAGGGGAUAGGACCCCCGGGAUGGAGAGCAGCACUGUGGGAGAGGGAGGGGAUGGGGACACCGAGACCUUACUGCCUAACGGGGGUCCCCUGCCAGGGGGCUGCCACAGCCACAGCCCCCGCCGGGUCAGACUGGGGUGGCCCCAGCCUGCCGUGGGGCGUCCCCUGCACUCUGCUCUGUCCUUCUUCUGCCUUAUUUUCUUUCCUACUGAGGAGAUGCUUUACUGAAGAGCUUUAUCUGCCCCCCACGCCAGUGCCUGGGGCUGCUGGGGGGGCUGGCACUAGCCCUGCUGAGGGUGGGUGUGUGGGACACGCCUGGCUGUCCCCAGGGUUGUCCCUGCCCCAGUCUGGGGUGUUUCCUGAGAGCCUGCCCUCUGCCACCCACCCGGGGGUUUCCUGGGACCCUGCCCUCUGCCACCCACCCGGGGGUUUCCUGGGAGCCUGCCCUGUGCCACCCACCCGGGGGUUGCCUGGGAGCCUGCCCACUGCCGUCCCCACCUGGCCAGCUCCAGGAGGGCCAGUGGGAGCAGGGGCUGCAGGGGAUGAUGGCAAACAGGGACACGACAGGGACAGCAAUGCUGGGGGGGCUUGAGACACUGCUGAGGGGGAGAGCGCUGGGACAGCCAUGGGCUGUGGUAGGCUGGGCUCAGAGCAUCCAGGCUGGGCUCCCAGUACCCAGGCUAGGCUCACAGCACCCAGCACCCACCCCCAGCCAUCCCCACCCCUAGGAGCUAUCUAGGAGCUAUUUUAAGUUCAGAGUUCAGUCUCUGGGGGAAGGUGGCACUCACACCGUGUCCCAGCUGUGCCUGGCAGGACAGGGAUAAUUCUAGGCUCAGCUCACUGUGCACUGGAGAGAUCCCAGCCCUUGCCCUCCAGAUCUCCUCAGCACCUUCCAUGGAUGGUUUCUCCAGCUUUGCAGAUUUUGGCAUCUGCUGUGAUGGCUGAGCAAAGAGCAGGGGUUUGCUGACCCCCCCGUGUGUCAUGGGGACAGAACUGCUGCAGCCCCCACACGGUGAUGCCAAAAGCCCUGGAGGUGCUGGGGGUCUGCAGGACCCCUGGGUGUGACACCUGGAGCAGGGACCAGCACCCUGACACCCACCUGUGCCCAGGUGCCACCGUUCCUGCCUCAGAAGGGGGGUGCCCAGACUAACCGACUCAGGGGGGCCCCCAAAGUGCCUUGGGAGGCCCCCCUCAAAGUGCCUUUCUCUGUGAACUUCAAACCUGUCUCUUCCAGGAUAUUUUAUUAAGAAAGUUAUACAAAUGUUUAAAGAUAUGCUUAUAAUUAAUAAAAUGGAAAAGCUUUAUUUAAA